CUGGGAUUUCACGGGUCAUGAUCCUUCCAUGGCAACCUCUAAUGGUGAGAACAAGGGGGCAGGAGGUCAUGUGUGGUCAUCUCAGUGUUUCCUCCUGUGUGAAAAGCCCUUAAUGUUGCAUGUCCGGCAUCAGGAGUUCUCUUCUCGUUCUGGAUAUGUAGGUUUGAAGCCAUGCAGCGCAGACACACGACGCUGAGGGAGAAAGGUCGCAGGGGGCCGGCAUACAUGUUCAGCGAGCGCGACACAAGUCUCACGGCCGAGGAGGAGCGCUUCCUGGACGCCGCGGAGUACGGAAACAUCCCAGUUGUACGGAAGAUGCUUGAAGACUCUGAGACGCUCAACGUGAAUUGCGUGGACUACAUGGGCCAGAAUGCUCUGCAGCUCGCCGUGGCCAACGAGCACCUGGAAGUGACCGAGCUGCUCCUGAAGAAGGAAGGUCUAGCACGGGUGGGUGAUGCCCUACUCCUGGCCAUCAGUAAAGGCUACGUGCGCAUCGUGGAGGCCAUUUUAGCACAUCCGGCUUUCGAAGGCGGCCUCCGCUUUGCCCCGACUAUCUUGGAACGGGAACAGAAAAAUGAAGACGACGACUUCUACGCGUACGACGAGGACGGAACACGGUUCUCACGUGACGUGACACCCGUGAUCCUGGCUGCACAGUGUCAGGAAUAUGAGAUCAUACACACCCUGCUGGUCAAAGGUGCACGCAUCGAAAAGCCUCACAAUCACUUCUGCAAGUGCGCCGAGUGCGCCGAGAAACAGAAGCAAGACUCCUUCAGCCACUCGCGCUCACGUAUGAACGCCUACAAAGGCCUGGCGAGUGCCGCCUACCUCUGCCUGUCCAGUGAAGAUCCGGUGCUGACAGCCUUGGAGCUCAGCAACGAGCUUGCGCAACUCGCCAACGUCGAAACCGAGUUUAAGAACGACUACAGAAAACUGUCCAUGCAGUGUAAAGACUUUGUGGUCGGGGUGCUGGAUCUGUGUCGAAACACAGAGGAGGUCGCGGCCAUUCUGAACGGAAGCGUGGACCAUAACCUGGCCAGUGACCACAGCAGACCCUGCCUGAGCCGGAUAAAGCUGGCCAUCAAGUUUGAAGUCAAAAAGUUUGUGGCUCAUCCGAACUGUCAGCAGCAGCUCCUGACACUGUGGUAUGAAAAUCUGUCUGGUUUGAGGCAACAGUCUAUUGGAGUGAAGUGUUUAACGGUUUUCGGGGUGAUGGUGGCUCUGCCGUUCUUGGCCAUCGCAUACUGGAUUAUGCCGUACAGCAAGCUGGGUCAGGUUCUACGCAGUCCAUUCAUGAAAUUCGUCGCCCAUGCAGUGUCCUUCACCAUUUUCUUGUGCUUGCUGGUGCUCAAUGCUUCCGAUCGCUUUGAUGGAGUCAAAAAUCUGCCCAACGAAACGAUCACUGAUCAUCCGCGGCAGAUCUUCAGGGUCAAAACCACCCGGUUCUCCUGGACGGAGAUGCUCAUUAUGAAAUGGGUGCUUGGAAUGAUCUGGUCAGAGUGUAAAGAGAUUUGGGAGGACGGGUUGCGUGAAUAUAUCACGCAACUUUGGAACAUUUUAGACUUCGGCAUGCUGUCCAUCUUUGUGGCGUCGUUCACGGCGAGGCUCAUGGCAUUCCUGCAAGCCUCUCGAGCACAGCUGUAUGUCGACCUGUAUGUGACGAACCCGGUCCUGAGCAAUGCCUCGCUUCCUGCAGAGGUGGCCUACUUCACUUACGCGAGGAACCGCUGGCUUCCCUCUGACCCCCAGCUCAUCUCUGAAGGUCUCUACUCCAUUGCUGUGGUCUUAAGUUUCUCACGCAUUGCCUACAUCCUGCCGGCCAACGAGAGCUUCGGACCUUUACAGAUCUCUCUGGGCCGCACCGUGAAGGACAUUUUUAAGUUCAUGGUCAUCUUCAUCAUGGUCUUCCUUGCCUUCAUGAUCGGCAUGUUCAAUUUGUACUCCUACUACCUGGGCGCAAAGUAUAACCCAGCGUUCACUACGGUAGAAGAAAGUUUCAAGACACUGUUCUGGUCCAUCUUCGGUUUGAGUGAGGUGAUCUCUGUGGUGUUGAAGUACGAUCAUAAGUUCAUUGAGAACAUCGGCUACGUCCUGUACGGCGUCUACAAUGUCACAAUGGUGAUUGUGCUGCUCAACAUGCUGAUCGCCAUGAUGAACCACUCCUACCAGGAGAUCGAGGAGGACGCAGACGUCGAGUGGAAGUUUGCCCGUGCUAAGCUCUGGCUCUCCUACUUUGAUGAAGGCAGGACUCUUCCUCCUCCUUUCAAUCUGGUGCCCAGUCCUAAGUCCUUCUAUUACAUGGGCCUACGCACAAGAUCUUGCCUCGUCAGGCUAUGCAAGGCCAAAGGUCGUCGUGGAAGCCAGCAAGACAUGGAAACUCCAAAUUCUCUAUCUAAGCUCCACAGGUAUCGACCGUGCCAUGCUCAAGAUGAAUACGCAAUGAGAACUUCUAUCAAACAUCCAACCAUAUACCAGAAGAUCAUGAAGCGCCUCAUUAAACGAUAUGUCCUGAAGGCCCAAACUGACAGUGAAAACGAUGAGGUCAAUGAGGGUGAGCUGAAGGAGAUAAAGCAGGACAUCUCCAGUCUACGCUAUGAGCUUCUGGAGGAAAAAUCUCAGGCCACGGCAGAACUCGCCGAUCUCAUCCAGCAGCUGGGUGAUAGACUCAGUAAUUCGACCAAGAAAUCCUGAAGUAUCUUCAACUACUGAGCCCUGAAGAACCUUCAAACAAAAUGCCCUGAAGAACCUUCAACCAAAGGAACCCUGAAGAAUUUCCAACCAAGAAAUCUUGUGGAACAUUCAACCAAGAAAAUGUAUAUAUAUUUGCUGGAUAUAUUUAUAAAAACCUUGGAAUUUAUGGAAGUAAAUAAAUGAGGGAGAAUUUGGAAGAUUACAAAUGUUAGCACUCGUGUUAGUGUGUGCUCUUAAGUCUGAUAGUAUGCUGUUUCUAUUGAUAUAUAACAUGUUGAAUCUACAGUGGUGUCUAUGGAAUGGACUAAAGGUACUAAAUGGAAAGGGCCUAAUUGAUAAUGGGCUAUUAUUCUCCUAUAUCAGUGAGGUUAUGUCUCACUGAGGGAUCUGCAUAAUUUGUGUUAUUGCUGAUUAUCUUUUAUUGAAUAGUUAAAAUAAAACAGGUCUUUAUAGUAUUCAAAUAUUCAACAGUAUACUGGAAGAUGACAAUAUUCUUGCAUUCAUUGAACCGAUGUGUUAUAACAUUAAACUAAAUUAUUAUUAUUAUUAUUAUUAUUAUUAUUAUUAUUAUUAUUAUUAACCAAACUACCUGUAUAAGUAGUGUACAUCUUAAUAUACUUUUAAUAAAGAAAUGUAAUUCAUUUUAC